CACUUCCCUUUUCCUUUAUCAUCAUCAUUCUAUCCCCCCCGUGUUCCUCUCCGUCUCUGCUUUCCCUUACUCUACCCUAACGGAGACAUGGAUUGUUGGAUGGAUACUGUAUGUCUAUGUAGGGACCCUCUUUUGUCCACACACUCCGGGUGGGUUAAAGCAUUUGGGUUCUUCCAUUGGAAGAGCAAAAGUUGUUCAGCCAGUGGUGAGUGGGGGAUAGGGUUCCCGUCCCCAGGCAUACUCAGGAACAUGGUAUUUGAGAAGGCACAGUUGUUACCUUUGUAUUUAUCUCCUCUCAUCUUUUUUAUCUGGCUUCUUCUUGAAAUGUUGGAAACAACAAGGACCACUGGAUUUCCUAGGUCCAAGUUGCUGAUAGGUAAUGGCAUUUCUAGUUCAGAUAUGAGUAGGGCACACCAUGGAUUUGGAGUUGUAAUCAAAGUACUCGCUUGAUGUGUUGAUCGAUGCUGGGGAAAGUGAAAAGUUGAAUACUUUCACCCACCAAACAGUUGAAAUGAAUAAUUCAGAUUCAAUGCGUACCUCAGCCUAGGCCAACUAUCAAAGAUCACAAGCAAUUCUUCUUUGUCAAUUCGUUUCCAAGGAAAAGAGGGCUGAAAUUGCUGUUGUCGUGGUGGUAAUUCUACUUUCUUCUUUCCUUUGUAUUUUUCGAGAUCAAAUGUUAAGCAUUAAGGACAUUGCUAGCAAGGCCAAUAUAUUUAUCGGCUAUGGAGUAAGACAUUACCAUUAUCAGUCAAGAUCUUUACUAGAUGAGGUACGUGACACCUACAAAUUACUUAUCUUUAUCCAAUCCAAGAUUCUUUCACCUUAAAUGUGAUGCUUCACAUGUAGCAUCUUGUUUGAUAUCGAUGCCUUGUUAUGUCUUUUGAUAUGCAAAAUUUUUUUUUUCUGAAAGAUGCUGAUGGCUCUAUAAAGAUUUUCACACUUGAUGGUAAAAGAAUUUCACAGGCAUAGGUUGAUUCAUUCUAAGUAGUAGAAGUGAACAUAGCAAGGUUUUUAGAAUUAGCAAAUGAAGAUUGUUUAGUUCUUUUUUGAAGUUCGUAACAUUUUGUGGUAUACUUUUACCCUUCAUCACUUUGUCCUUCAUAGGUUAACUUUGAACUUGACUUUGGAUAUUUAUCUUUGUCUGUCUCUUUUUACCUUAUCAUCAAAGCCAUUAGAAAAGUUCUGAUAGCCUGUUGAGCCAUUCAUACCUGGUGGAAAGUCUGGGAAGUAUGAUAUGGGAAAUGGCAUAGGUAUGCAUCAAAGAAACCACAGCAUUGACUUAUUUAGAGUCUCAUGGACUGGUCUUUCUUGGGGUGGACUUUUUAAUGAGAAAAUGGUAAUUUAGCAUAAGAGACCAUCUUUCCCAAAUUAUUUACAGUACCUAUGUUAUUUGACAAUGAUGGUGCCAGUUGAGGAACUAAGGCUUACGAUCAGGCUUAUUAAUAUGGAUUGUGCCUAGAGUGGCCCAGAUUGCCCUAGGUUUGUACAAGCCAUCGAUGUAGACUCUGGUAGUGGGCCCAAAAAAGAAACCCUUACUUUCUUGGGCUGGCCAACUAACAACCUAGAAUGUUCGGUUGACUCCACAAUACCUAGUGCUAUGAACUGAUGAGUGAUUGAGUUUGCUUAGUGAAAGUCUUCGAGUGUGAUGUCAUAAGGUCAUGGGUUUAAGUCCUAUUACAAGCAUAGUUGCACUUGCAAAGACACAAGGUAUUAUGAGGAGGAUCUAUUAAACUCUAAGAGAGUUAAUCCUUAACUUAGAAAGUGCUUAAUCUUUGGUGAUAUGAGGACCAUUGUAUUUGUGUGUCUAUCCUAUGCCCGCAUCAUGUCAAUUGAAAUUAUGGAUAUAUGUUCAUAUCUAUAUCAGGAACUCUUUUGACUCUAAAGCUAACUAAAAUUCUUCACUUGUGAUCUUUAUAUUAUGAAACCUUAAAACAAAUUAAUCUUCGACAAUUUGGCAGCCUUUUGUCUUCUAAAUUUUCUUUGUAGUUCUCAUGCACUCAUGUACCUUCCUUGCUAAAAAAACACUUGGGGUGUAUGUGGUAAACAUUAAACUUUCUGACACCUCACAAGUUAUGCUAAGGAAAAUUUAUCAAUUCAUAUACUCAUGAAGGACACACACGUCAUCUACAUAAAAAGCAGGAGAUAUGCUUUAAUUUCGUCUUCACAAAACAUGAAAGAGAUGUUUUGAGUUUUUUGAGUCAUCAUAGGUGUGACUUAUUAUCGUUGCUAUUGUUGUUGGAGAUAUGAUUUGUUAUGUAAACAAAAUCUUUGGUUGUUCUUUUAUUCUUGUUCAUAUUGAUUUGAUUGUGUUAAAUGCAUGUAUUGUUUUUAUUGUUGCGGACUUACGGUGUUAAUUGCAUUAAUGUAUUUAAAAUUUUUAUUAUCCGUCCUAUGAGAGAGGCUUAUGCACUUAUUGAGUAUUUGUUGUAAAUAUUCAUUCACACUUUUUGUUGAUUUUUUUAGACAAAGAAAUCUGUAUGCUUGUGAUAGAAUCCUGAUUCCAACAUAAGCAUUAAUGGCACUGUUGAUAAUGGUGAAGAUCGAAUGAAAUGAAUGGAUCCAGAGGCUCUACCAGAAAGCAAAUAGGGACAUAAUAAACUUCUAGAGACCAUGUUGCUACAUACUCAUUAGUUGCUUUUCCGAAGCUCUUAUUUGUGUGUUUUGAAAUUUAUAGUCUAUCUUAGUUUAAUUAGGCUGUUAUCAACUAUAAUUGAGGACUUUUACCUGUGGUUGUGUUGUGAGAUAGGUUAAUAUAUUAUAUGUGUUCUCCUCGAAUGUUGUUGAGGGUGAAGAGGGCCAACUCAAGUUAGCCCAAUCCUGUUGGCUCAAUCUGGGAUCAAUUUGGUCUGUGGUUUAAGGGCGAGACAAUUGAGCUCCCUGUGAAUCAUGUAAAGGUGCAUGCAUGUCACCUCAGUUUCUUCAUCGUUUUCAGAAUGGACUCUUUGAUUUUGACUGAACUCUUCUUUCGAACUCGUGCAUGCGACUUGCAAUAUUUAUUCUAUUUAUGCAGAGCUCUCAAUCUGUGAGAUCACUGACUAGGCUCACGUGCCCCAUAGAUCGAGGAAGCUUCCCAGUUCAUACAGCGGACUAUCUAUCUCAUGUCUACGAUGCUGUAUAUAAAUCUCUCUCACUCCGCGCUCUUCCCCGCCAUGGAGCACCAUCUCGGCGUCGACGACUCCUCCACCCUCGACUUCUUCCCCCACCAACUCCACGCCGCCGACUUCGAGUCCCUCCUCGCCGCCGACUUCGAGUCCCUCCUCGCCGACCUACCUCCAUCAUCCACCCCUCCUCCUCUCCAUUACGCCGCCGUCGAACCGACCCUAUCCAUGCCCCUCCCGCCGGCCCCGUUUGCCGAGUCGUGGCCACGGGAAUCGGCGGGCGUAUCAUCCGAGGCGGAGGAUCAAGCCGUCGGGCGGCGGUACCGUGGCGUCAGGCAGCGACCCUGGGGGAAGUUCGCGGCGGAGAUCCGGGACCCCAACCGUCGGGGGUCCAGGAUCUGGCUCGGGACCUACUCCACCGCCUUGGAGGCGGCGAGGGCGUAUGACCGCGCCGCCUUCCGGAUGCGCGGCUGCAGGGCCAUCCUCAACUUCCCCAACGAGGUCGGUAGAUCCGAGCACCGGCACCCGCCAGUAACAGAUAACGAGGUCGGGGUCGGAAGAGAUGGUGGCGGUGAAGAUGGAGAAAGCAGCGGAGCCGCGGGAAUCGAAGGCGGCCGACGACCCGAAGGGAACCCUUUCGCUGUUUAGCUCCACAGGCCGUAACGGCAAGCAGUUACACUCUCCCGUGGGAGAUAGAAGUGUCAGCGAAAUUACAUAUAUACCAUCGUUUUCGUAAACUAGACAGGAUUUCUUUUCUUUGCUUUUGUUUUGUGCGUUUCUUUAUUUGCAACGUUGGAACAAAAUAUUUAGAGUGAUUUAA